AGUACGCAUGUGUUGAUUUACUAGAGCUAUAUAGUCUUCGAAUUGAACACGUUUUUUUUUUUUUGUAAAAUAAUAUAUUCAAAAUAGAUUAUAGGCCUACAGUCCUACACAGCACAACACUAAUUUUAACAUGCUCUUCGAUUACAGGUGGAGAUACCUCGAUCGACAAGUAGGCCAAAUAUAACCUCGCCUUGCACAGGAGCACCAGGACGCAAAUCUACACACAGCAUGAAUGAGCAGUUGAUAACAGAGUUAACAGAGACAUCUUAGACUUCCAUUAGAUAUGGCGACAGGCAGUACAAAACCAUUUGAUCCACGAUGCCAUUCAGUAACUCUGGAAUAAGUAAACUGCGGCGGCAGUGGAUAACAUUUGAAAUGUCUCUCCGCUAUGGCCGCUGGAGUGUCAAAAAAACACUUCUAGGAUUAACUUUAAUGACAGUUUUUGGCUUCCUCUUGUUUUGUAUUUAUCACUUAACUUACAGUGUUGAACUUCUGCCAUGGAAUCCAAGUGUGGAUAACUGGUGUGAAUACGAGAAAGUUCCAGAGUACAUGCUGUUACCUGCACCCGAUGAAAUCACUGUCGUCACCAUGUUUCUUGAUCUGGGAGUCUUCAAAAAAGGAGAGGAAUACUUCUCCUAUCACUCUCCUUACAAGUACAAGAGGUGGAUGAGAACUUUUGGGAAAAUGGUGAAUAGAGUCGUGGCCUAUAUGGAGAAUGAUGAACACAUAGAAUACUUCAGGAAAAUUAGAUCAUGUCUACCUGAAAGUCAUACAAAAAUUAUCAAAAUACACAGACAAGAACUUCCAUCAUUCAAUCACCUGGCACAAAUCCAACAUAUCUACAGUCAGCCAUCAUACCCAAAGCACUACCCCAACACUAUUUACCCAGAAUACUCUUGUGCCAUGCAUGCAAAAUAUGAUGUCCUGCAGCGCUCGUGUGUAAUGGACUUCUUUAAAACCCCAUAUUUUGCAUGGGUAGAUGUGGGUCUCUUCCGCAAGCUGGAUGAUACUGACUAUCCUCUCUUUAAGCUGGUCCCACCAGACAAAUUUAACCCAGAAAGGAUUGGAUUCUCUCAGGCUUGGCCUCAAGAUCCAGCUAUACCACCUGAAUACAUCUUAAAAAAGAAGUUGGUCUGGGUCUCUGGGAGCAUGGUCUUAGCUACUAAAGAGUACAUGCUAAAUUUCACAAGAGAUUACAAAAUGGCUGUGAAGGAACUGCUGGACCAGGGCUUGUCUAACACUGACCAGGAGGUCAUAAAUGCAAUGUACUCUGCCAAAAUGCGGAAGCCAAAUUACAUCAAGAUCAAAACAUACAUGUGCCAUCAAGGCCAGCUUGGUCUAUAUGGUGCAGAGUCUCGAUACUUCUGUCUGGGCUAUGUGUGCAAGUAUGCAUGGGAAAAAAGGGUGCCACAUGUGAAGGACAAACUCUCAGUUAAUGCUCACUCUAACAGGUAGCAUUAUUAAAGAGAGCAAUUGUUAUCUUUCUCUCUCAAUGGAAAUAUGGGACCAAAACAGAACAUACUGAAAAAAAAAAAAUUCCAGAAAAGCUUGUCAGUUAUAUUUCAUGUGUGUCAACAAUCUGAAUUAUUAUAUUGUAGGUACCGGUAUCUGACAGAAGCAACUGUACACUUUUAUCAAAAGGAUAUAGACUCAUUAGAUAAAUCCAGUACAAUAACUAUUACAUUUCUUAAGAAACUACUAUUGAAAUGUAAUUUUCAACAUGGAUUAUUUUCUAGACUAUUUGUUGAUGUUAUGUGAAACAAUUCUUUGUAUUUUACUCAUUAAUGUUUUAUUCAUUUGUUUAUUUUAUAUUAAAAUAAAAUAUAUAUUUUUU